UGAAGUACACAACGUUUCUAGAGAAACAGGAUGUGUUUCUGACAGAGGUCCUUCAUCAGCUGUGUGCAAGAGCACUCCUAUAGUUUGUGCCAGGUUAAUUUCCUAUCUGCUCUUGCUUAAUCCAUUCAGCCGGUGAGGAGCAGUGGAAAAUGUUACAGAGCAACAAAGUUCACCUUUGACCUCCUCCAUUGCAGCUAGUUCAUCGCGCGUGCGCGCACACACACACAAACAAACAAACAAUCAAUCAAUCAAUCACAAAGAUGAACAAAAAUAGUAGAAACAGUAAUGCUCAUUACAAAAAACAUUCACUCAAAAAUAAAUAACACCCCACCUGUACACGUACGUGUGUUCGCUCUGAUGUUGAUCUGCGUGCUAUCUGAUGGAGAUUGGCUUUUAACGCAACGGCCUGAGGGGUUUGCAGACUCUCCUCCUCCAUCACCUGCUCUGAGUUUAGUUUGCACUUCAUCCUCCGCAUGCGCGCGUGUACAAUCGCGCCUACGACACCCGAGCGCUCUGUAUGCACACCAACAGCUUGCACCACAGAGAGCCGAUAGUUUUGCCCGCUUCACGAAAGCUAAAUAAAGAACCUGUUUUAUCAAAGCCAUUCCCCUCUCCGAGUGACUGGAAGGCCACGUGGUGUUAUUCGUGCAGGUAGCAGAGCACCGUUAAACCUCCGCUCUUUGAAAACGCCACGAGUUGUCCUGUUUGAACAAGCGCCCCGAGAAUUGGGGCGCAGGUAAUUACAGGUAACCCUAGCUAUUGCUGCCGGAAAUCCCACAUUUAGCGCAAGUUUGAUUAUGAAACUUGGUCUUGAACGGAAAUCUUAUUCGCUGAACAAUGACCCUUUUCAUCUUACAUAAAAUAUCCUGCCAAAAAAAGAGUAGGAAAGACUUAUUUUUACACUGUUUUCGUUUUUGCUUGGGCAAUAUGAAAAUAACAUCACUAACUGUUUUGAUCAGUUGUACGUUUUCGGAAACAUAGGCUUACAGUAGUAAUUACCAGGAUAUUUCAGUUAGCCUAAAUAAAUCCAAAAGACGAUACCGGCUCGGACUUCUUUUUUUCUCAAUCCAGCACGCCGUGAAGAUAAUCACCUUUUCCGGCACAGGAAGCACCUUACAUCCGAGUCUAUAGUUGCGGUUAACUAAUGGGUCUCGUUCAAAGGACUUGACAUUUUUGAUCAGAGCGAGUUUCAGACGUGGAACAGGUGCAGAAGGUCGAUGUGGAGAGCCCACGGGACCUUUCAUCUUCCCCGCCGCACGUCAUUGCCAACUUAAUGCGUGACCUCCUGUAUAAAUGUUGGGUUUUCAUCGAGAGUGUUCAGAGGUAGACGUUGAUGGAAGCGCUUGCUUGACUUUCUACGGCUGCGGUUUUAGGUUCAACAAUGUGGACACUGGUCGUUACUCUACUGCUGUCAGUGACCUCGGCUGGUAGCGGCUUAGAAACAAAUAUUAUUCGCUCAUCAAAAGAAGUGGUUGACUCCCAAGAGGUAAGGCUGCCCACCGUAGACGUGAGUCUUCUUAACACUAUGAAACGUCGGCAGUACAGACGUGAUGGACCAGAGUGCACUCUUGAACAGGUAAAUAGAUGCAAAGGUUCAAAGAAGAGACAGCGCGGUAAGACUGGGCAGUUACCAGAGGACACUAACAAAGAUAAAGUGCAGGAAAGGGGUGAGUGCCUGCGAUCCCGCGACUGCGCAGCAGGACUGUGCUGCGUGUUGUAUCAGAGAAGCAGAAGAUGUCAGCGUAUUCCACAGGAAGACCAGUUCUGCCUCUUACCUGGCCGUAACAAGGCCCGCAGAGAGCUGGGCCUCUGUGACUGCAGACCCGGCCUGCACUGUCGGCCUCAGAACAGCAGCUCCAAUGUUUACGGGGUCUGCCAAGGUUAGCCUUUCUGGAGAAGAAUCACUUAAGUGUCCAAGUAGAGUAUUCAAUAGCUUAACAUCCACAGAACCACAUGAAUGUAAAUUUAAAAAAAGAAAACUUUAUCUUGUGCUACAGCAAGAUAACGUGUGGGGCUGGAUUUAUUUUCCAUUUUGUGCUAUCUAUAGUGCAGUAGUAAGCUACUCAAAGAUUACUGAAACAACAUCUAGUAAAAGUUUGAUGUUUUAGGUGGAGUUUUUACAGCUACAACGAUUAUUCAACAUUUAAUCCUUGCAGUGCUAGUUUUUAUAUAUCAUGAAGAACACAUCUGUAAAAAUGGACGCAAGGUUUUAUUUUACAGUGCGUUCUUGUUUAAUGUCUCUAACUCGUGAUUGCGAUGAGGUACCAUCCAGAGGUUAUUUAUGGCAGAUGCACUCUGUCCAUGACCUAAAUAAAUAAAUAAAAUAAUAGUAUUUUAACACAAGAACACUCCACCAGUCUCUUUCAUUGGCUCAUCCUUCUCCUACCAUAUUCUUAACAGUGGUUACGUGUCAUUUGUAUUGGAAGUAAAAUUGUCGGUUUAUUUUGUCCAGACUUUUAAAAUCUCACGUUAAUAGUACUUCUAGUGAAGUUGUAGUGAAGCGAGUUAACCACAGGUUCGUGGAUUAAACGUUUUUUUUAAAACAUCCGACCUUAUUUUAUUCCGUAUUAGUAUUCUGGUUCUGAUUUAAUAGCAAUCUUAAAACACCUAAACAAUGUUGGACGACUACACCGAACUUUAACGAAGCAGGCGGCAGUGCAUCAUGUAGUGACUGUCAUUUAUAAGCGGUAGAGAGAAUUACUCUUAAGGAUUGCAUCCUAUCAUUUAUUGCACUAAAGAAGUAAGUUAGGAGAAAACUGUCUAGAUAGGCCUUUGAGUGAUAUUCUAUUUGGGAGUAGGUUACACAUGUGCAAUACCAUAGAAGUGUGGCACUGGAAAUGUUAUUGGGGUUUGCAAGAAGGUAAAGCUUGGAAAGAGAUUAGGCUAAUGCAAAAUUUAGAGUAAUGAAGAGGUCACGUUAUUUCCCAUUAUGGUUAAAGAUCUUGGGGUAAUCCAAUUUAGAGUUCUGAUGAAGUUAUGGUAAUUCACUUUAGGGUUAGCGUGAACUUGUGGUUACUCAAAUGAGGGUUCUGACGAGGUCAGGCUAAUGCACAGUGGGGUUAGAACUUGUGCCCCCAGCAAUGGCGUGUUAAAACAUCGAACCAUCUGUGCCAGAGGCGUCACGGGAUAUUUACGUCGUGGGACUAAGCAUUUACUGGGAUGUCUUGGGGUGAACUUUCACUGUCUCCUUCACAUUUUCCUCUCCUUUCCUAUUUAAAAUUUUAUUAAAUUACUACUGAACAUUAAAAAGAUUUUUAAACUAGCAAAAUCCCAUCUGACCGGCCUUUGAUAGAGAUACUGCCUAAAUAAACAAAACAAAUCGCAUAUCCCUUUACAGACAGAGCAAUUAAUAGAUAUAAAAUUGUACUGUAAUAACUAGUUAGUUACUAAAUAAAGUAUAAUCUUGCUAGUCACUGAACGAGCUAUCAAUCCAAACCCGUUGGGCCCAAUUACCGCAUUGCUGAAUGCACAAAGUGGAAUUCGCUUUUUAAGGAACGUUACGUUGGUGUUUGUUCAACAGCUUUCCUUUGCUAACAACGCUCAGUUCAAGUAGCGCGUCAGUGACACAGAUUGUACAAUGAUACUGGACGACAAAGCGUUUAAAAAAAAAAAGCCACUACUCAUGUGACGCCCUCUAGUGGCUGGCUGCAGUACAACUUUUAACCCAGCCCCUUCGCAUGUAAGUGAACGGCUCAGACGACCAACUUUCAUUUCAAAUUACAAUUAUCUAAUAAUAAUCUAAUUAAGGCCAGUCACAAUACAUGCCCCCUAAUAUUGAGAUAUGCUCAAAAUCUCAAUACGUGCCCCCCAAAUAUUCACAAAUGCUCCUCAUAUACUGAGGUAAAACUACUUUUAUUCCACCCACUAGCUUUGCGCAAUGUUAGGCGCUGUCAAUGUUCCCAUUUGUUGUCGAUGUCACACCAAUUAUUGUAACACCGUAAUAUUGUAGCACUGCUGACUAACGUCUCUAACCUGCAGGAAAAAGUAACGUUAAUGUCAAUACAUUAACGAAUCGUGAUCUGCCAAUUCUAUAAGAUCCCCUUUUAUUAAUAACCCCCCCAAUAUGUUUUCUUUACGAUGAACGCUUUUAUUUUGUGAUACUUCAACUGAUGUGACGGACAGUGAAAACCAACGCACACUCCACAGCAGCUAUAUUAAGAUGCGCGUUUUUUGUUUUUUUUUGUUACCUUUGUCAAUAAAUGUUUUGUUCAACAGUAAAAUGUUCUUACAGACCCGCUCGGUCAAGUUCCUUGCAGCUCUUUGGGGAGGUAGCUAGCUGAAAAGCUCAAAUAGCGUCGAGCUGCUUUACAUGAAACUUUAAUGCGGGUCGUGUAUUAAACUACUGUACAAAUCAUGUGCCAUUAAAUGACGAACAUUAUAUUGUAAUCAGCUCAAAGAAAAAUGGCGCGAUUAUCAGAUAGUUAGCCAAAUACCUCAUGUUGAAGAAGCGAUCAUUAAAAGUCUUCAUGUAAGAUUCUAUAUUAAUUUUUGCUGAAAUGGACCGACUGGUGGCGCACAUCCUUCAAUUAAAACACUACACCAGGGCAAAAGGGUGAAAUGUACUAUACGGGUUCAAUGAACACUGGUAAGACUUCGAUACUUCUGGACGUCAGCGUGUUCAUAUACAAUCUUUGAUCCAAGCAAACUUGUGCCAUUAUCUCUGAAACGAUCACAAAACCAAAUUUGAGCGCUAAAGCGUUUCAUUUAGUCAUAAAACUGGCAGACCACGCCAGACAGGUUCAGCCCAUCACUGCAAUCCGUACAUGGCUAUUAAGACAAUUUUAAACCCCAUAAACAGUACCGUUGGCUUGUGUGACUUGCUUAUUUCUUUAGCAUGUUUAAGUGCGUGCAUUUGAAGACAUUCACAUUAACCUUUUUGCAUCUUAUUUCGGUUUAUGCCAGCACCAUGACCUAUUGGGGUCAGCUGUAAACCUUUUCUCCGACUGUGGUUUAAAUGUACCCAUGUAAAGUAGCGUUAGCCACACUGCAAGCAGUAAUCGUUAAAUUUAGUUUGACCAGUUCUCGUCUCGACGGUGCAGCCGACGGUCUGAAGGCUCAGUCGCUUUACCUCUUCUCCAACAAAGUCAACAAGCCUUUUAGGAUUAGGAACCGAUUGUCAGUUUUAACUCCAAACGAACAUCUUUAAAUGGCUAAAUCUGGUUAUCAUUCCCCCCCCCCCGCAUAUCUAGCUUUACCAAAAGGUGCGUUAUGCGGACUUACCCCAGUACUGCCCUGAAGUCAAUAUAACAGACGUCUUGUAUUACAAGACCCCCCCCCCCCCC